AAUCAUUGAUGUCAAAGUGCAAAGGUUACUUUGUUCAAAGGUUACACGAACGCUGGUCUUCGUACAUACAACGAUACAUGUAUGCGCCUUCGACGAAUAAUCUCCUUUUAAUUGAGAUAACGGUGCUCUUAAACUGUACGAGUCAUGGCGUCAGCAGGCCUAGGUUUAUCAGCCGUGUUCGGCCCCGCCACGUUCUGUGCCGUGACGGGAGGAAGCCGCGGGCUGGGCCGGAGCAUCGCCGUGCUGCUGGCGGAGCGGCUAGGGGAGGGCUCCCGACUGGUGCUGACCGGCCGCUCGCUCCAAGGCCUGCAGGAAACCAAACGGCAGGUGGAAGAAAAGUGUCCGAACCAGCUGGAGGUGAAGUUGGUGACCGCGGACAUGGGAGACUCCACUGCCUAUCCCGCUCUGUUCUACGACAUCUUCGCAGACACUGGACCGGGCGCUUUUCAAAAUGCUCUGAUAAUCCACAAUGCGGCAAGCCUGGGUGACAUGGGCAAGAAGGCAGCGGAGCAUUUCGACCCUGAGAUUCUUAACAAGUACUACGCCACCAACCUGACGUCAGUCAUCGCUCUGACGGCCAAGUUCAUGGAGGUGUUCUCUGGUUCUAAUGUCAGACGCACUGUUGUCAACAUCAGCUCUGCAGUAGCUGUUGAACCGCUAAGACAUCAUGCCCUGUACAGUAGUGGCAAGGCCGCCAGGAACAUGUUCUUCAAGGUGAUGGCUGAGGAGGAGCCAGAUGUGCGCGUGCUCAGCUACUCCCCGGGCCCGAUGGCAACAGACAUGUUACAGACAGUCAGGUCGUGCGGAGACAAAAAGGUUGAAGACAGGUUUAACGCUAUGGAGUCCAAAGGGCUGAUCUUGAGCCCCGACGCCUCUGCGAAGCACAUGUGCACCCUGCUGGAAGAGGACAAGUUCAAGUCUGGCGCCUUCCUCGAUGUCUUUGGCCGCUUCUCACUGUGAAAGGGAAAACUCCGUCGCUGAGGCAUUUCCGUGUCAAGAGGACAAUGUCAUGUGCCCUUACAUUUGUGCCAAAUUCAAACUCAAUCCAUAAACAAUUAACCUGAUUAUGAUACAAAUGGCAUUACCGGUCCUUUUUUUGACUCACGUUUUGUAUCAGCAUCAACACUAGAAAAUGAAUUCUUCGACAAAAUGGUACACCUUCAUCCAGGACUGCCCUCAAGCACAGUGUUGUAGAGCAGCCAUUGCAGACGAACUGGUGUUUGAAAACAAGGCAAGGCUAUCCAAGACAGUAGGAGGAAGGCGGUCAGAAGAAGUACAGCUACCGGAGGACAGCUAUAGUACAGCUGCGGGAGCCAACCACAAGUAGACAACAUCGCGAUCGGGAGACCGGGAGACGAACGGAAGCAAUUUAAUCAAUUUGGCUCAAAACAGUGAUACAGAAAAAAAUGAUGCUCAGAAGAACACGGAACUGAGAACUGACCAACAGAAGAGUUUUAGCAGGUCUAGAUAAUAAAAGACGUUCGCAUAGUUUGUAGAAGGUAUUAACAAUGCAUGUAAUAUAGAAUGUAAUUAAUGAUAGGAAAAAUGCCAGUCACAGAAACUGAGAAAAGAAAACGAAAAAAAAAAUGUUUACUUCAGUACCACUAAGAAGUGUGUCUGUGUUGACAGGUUCAGUGUAGCAUUAGGACCGUUUUAUGGUGUUAAGUACCAAGGUCAGGUGUGUUUGUGUUGGGUCUGACAGAUGUGGCGUGCAGAGUGUGAGAGUAAAAUGUGUAAAGUACCAAAGA